UUUACGGAUAGAAUGGAUGGAUCACGUCUGUUUACCAGUUUGGAAGUACCUGCCCUCUCUAGAACGUUAAAAUUAUGCCCAGUUGAUGAAUAAAAGAAGGAGACUGAGAAAAAGGAUAGCAUAAAUGUUUACAAUUUUGUAGCGCAGUGGCCCCGACUUCUGUUCAGACGAAUGUAGACUAUGCAGCCGAGUUUGUCUGUCCAGUCCUGCACGGAUCCAGUUUACCACCUGCACCCGAACUCGUUAGGACGAUUACCGACCCAUGGAUAUCUUCCAGUGAAAUAUGGACUCGACCCGACGAUGUAGGAUAUAAAACGCGACCCGACCCGCACUUUAACACAUUGAAUAUUAACAAAUCCCCGACGAGUGCUGGGUAUUCUGAAUCUGUCAGAACAAGUUAGAACCAGUAACAUUCUUACCGAAGAUACCAGGUGAUUACAACGCAGAGAAGAUCUUUAAGGUAAACAUGUCAGCCAUGGUGCCUGUUAAUAAUGGAAAGCUGAAGGGACUUGUUGCAGCCACUUUUUCUCCAUUCACUCCAGAUGGUGAAAUCAACUUACCAAUGAUUGGACAAUAUAUUGACUACUUGAUAGAGAAGCAAGGUGUAAAGAACAUAUUUGUGAAUGGCACCACAGGGGAGAGUGUGUCUCUCACUGUUGCCGAGAGGAAGUGUCUGACAGAAGAAUGGUGUCUGAAAGCCAAGGGAAAAAUGAAUCAGGUGAUUGUGCACGUUGGUUGCCUGAGUCUUAAAGAUUCCCAAGAGCUGGCUCGUCAUGCGGUAAAGGUCGGGGCUGAUGGAAUAGCAGUCAUUUCUCCCUCUUUCUUCAAGCCCAAAACUGCAGAUGCUUUGAGGGCAUACCUGCGGGAAGUUGCUUCAGUUGCUCCGACUCUGCCCUUCUACUAUUACCACCUUCCAGCAGUCACUGGUGUUAAUGUGCAAGUGAGAGAUGUGAUAGAAGGCAUUGAGAAGCUCAUCCCCUCAUUCGGGGGCGUGAAGUUCAGUGGGAGCGACCUCAUGGACUUUGGCCAGUGUAUCAGUUACAGCCAGCCUCAGUGGUCAGUCCUGUACGGCAUUGACGAGCAACUGUUAGCAGGACUGGCUAUGGGAGCUAACGGAGCAGUUGGCAGCACAUAUAACUAUUUAGGAUGUCAUGUUAACGAGCUCAUAUCAGCAUUUGAGAAGGGGAACCAUGACCAAGCCAGAGCAAUACAGUUCAAGAUGCAGGAGCUGCUGAGUUAUGCAAUGAAAACCGGAUUUGACGUGGGAGUGAACAAGCAGCUGAUGACAGAUGUGUCAGGCCUGUCUCUGGGGCCCCCUCGACUCCCAGUGAUGCAGUGUCCGUCUGAUCACGCACAGCUGCUCAAAAAGAAAUACCACAGCAUUUUCACCAAAUGUUGAUGUCUUCAUCUUAGAUUGUUCAGCCUUGCAUAUCUAACAUUUACCAUAUUCAUGUUAUUAACAAUUGGAGGCAUUUUUGCCUGAUUUGAUAUAUAAGAAUAUUUUGGGGCAUUCUCCAUUAACUGUCUAUUCAGAACUGCUUUUUAUAAACGUAGACAUAGAGGAUUACAUUGCACACUGGACAUGUCACAGGGUCUAAAUGAAGUUUUAUCUAAUUAUUCUUUCAUGUGUACAAUGGUGGCUAAGUCAUAUUUUAAGAAUUUGAUCACACAUGUUAUUUUCUAAAAUUGAAACUGUAAGAAGGGUCUUUUCACGAAUGGGCAUAAAAGGGAAAACUACUGUUUUUGAAAAGUCUUUGUACUUUUUUAAAUGAUCACAAAACUGUGUCUAAUAAAUUUGUUUUUCUCUUGUA